AAAUAGCCGAAAUCAAUUUGGUGAAGUGUUGUAUAUCUCUCUCUUUCUUUGUUUUAAUUGUACCAAGAUUGAUAUAUCAACAUGGCAACUCAAACUAUUGAAACUAAUCAUGAGGACAUGAUUCAUGAUGCUCAACUUGAUUAUUACUCUCGACGCUUAGCUACUGCCUCAUCUGAUCACACCAUCAAGAUAUUUAAUGUCGAUGGAGACAAUCAUACAUUAACCCAUACGAUCACUGACAAUACAGCUCCUGUAUGGCAAGUUGCUUGGGCUCAUCCAAAGUUUGGCACAAUCUUGGCAUCUUGUGCUUACGAUGGUCGUGUUCUUAUAUUUAAGGAACAAAAUGGCACCUGGACAAAGAUUCACGAAAAUAACAAACACACAGCUUCAGUAAACUCUGUUGCUUGGGCGCCUCAUGAGCUUGGCGCCAUUUUAGCAUGCGCUUCUUCUGAUGGAAAAGUAUCUAUUCAUGAAUACAAAGAUAAUGGAUCUUGGGAAACACAAAUGAUAGAUGCUCACGGUAUUGGAUGUAAUGCGGUUACUUGGGCACCAGCUGCUAUCCCCGGUAGCUUAGUUCAAGCCAGUGGUGGAAAUCCGAAUGUAAAUGUAGUUAAAAAGAUUGUUUCAGCAGGUUGCGAUAACUUGAUUAAAAUCUGGGGAUACAAAGAAGAGACAAAAUCUUGGUAUGAGGAAGAAACUUUAGAUGGACACUCUGACUGGGUUAGAGAUGUUGCUUGGGCACCCAAUGUAGGGCUUCCCAAGAGCUAUUUGGCUAGCUGUUCACAGGAUAAGUCGGUUUUGAUAUGGACUCAAGAGCAUCCUAAAGCUGAAUGGACUCAUAAAACACUGGGUGAAAAGUUCCCUGACGUUGUCUGGCGUGUUAGCUGGUCAUUAUCUGGGAACGUUUUGGCUGUCUCAUGCGGUGAUAACAAGGUUACUUUAUGGAAAGAAUCUUCCAAGGGAGAUUGGGAACUCCUUCAAACUGUGGAAGAAAAUGCUUAAACUUUUAUAAACAUAACUAUUGUCAAUACCUUUUACUGUAACCUUUUUUCCCUGUCUUUUUUAAUAAAAAGCCUUUUCCUCUCCAGUAAAUCCAGAAUAUAUCAUGUAUCUUGGUUGUAAUUACCAGAACUUAUCAAGUAAUUUACUUGUAGAAACACAUAGAAACAAGCAUAGAAACAGACUGUGUUGAUCUCUUACUUCUGUUACCAUUGGCAUUUCUUAAUUAGGAAAAUCGUAACACAAGUAUUAUUAGAUGCUGAACAACUUUAUAGAAUCAAUUUUGGUUUUCU